CGGCACGCGUUUAGUCUGUGCCGCGAUUACUCCCGUAAACUCGUCUACCGAUCGCCCGCGUGUCCUCUCACUCUCUCUCUCUCUCUCUCUCUCUCUGUGCCAAAAUGCCUAAUAAUAUUAUUAUGUAAUAUUAAAAUAAUUCUACUUAUUCGAACACGACUCGUUUCCGUAUUUACGGACAUUCAGAUGGUUUUUCGAUUCGAUUUUUCUCGUCCAUUUGUAUAAUAUAUUAUUAAUCGCCGUGACAUGUAACACCUCCACAUUUUCGACGGGAUACGAUGCUACUGUUUUGCGGUUGAGCAGAAGACACACGUUGUAGAUGGACGUGUUCAAGGCGCAGUGUCGAAAAUACAUCUGACAUGAACAACACGACGAGUGGAUCGUACAUGGUCCAGCUCGACGAUGCCGCAAACGAGACGGUGGAGGGUUAUUUGCUCCGCACUCGAGGGCCCAAACACCUGUCACUGAACAUCGUGUUGCCGAUCACCGUCAUAUACGUGUUCAUAUUCGUCACCGGAGUGAUUGGCAAUAUCGCCGUUUGCGUAGUGAUCGUUCGCAACAACUUUAUGCACACGGCCACUAAUUACUACCUGUUCAGCUUGGCCGUAUCCGAUCUCACACUCUUACUACUAGGACUGCCUAAUGAUCUCAGCGUGUACUGGCAACAAUAUCCAUGGCCAUUGGGCGAAGUUCUCUGUAAAUUUCGAGCAUUAGUUUCAGAAAUGACUUCGUACACAUCAGUGUUGACCAUCGUGGCAUUUUCGAUGGAAAGGUACUUAGCCAUCUGUCAUCCACUUCAUUCGUAUGCCAUGUCCGGGUUGAAGAGAGCCAUCCGGAUCAUCGCAGUCGUUUGGGUGAUUUCGUUUUUCGCUGCACUACCGUUCGCCAUGUUCACCACGGUCGACUAUGUGGAUUAUCCACCGGGGUCAGGAUUUCCGUUGUACGAGAGCGCAUUUUGUGCGAUGCUGGAUAAGAACGUGCCGACAGGAGUGCCCGUGUACGAAUUGAGCUCGCUGCUCUUCUUUCUAGUCCCGAUGAUGAUCAUCAUUGUGCUGUAUGUGCUCAUUGGGCUCCAGAUCAGACAGAGUUCCAGGCACUCGCUGGGAAAACAAAUGAAGGGCAACGUGCACGGGGAGACCAAACAGAUUCAAUCGAAAAAGUCAAUUGUCAGGAUGCUGGCGGCCGUCGUCAUCGCGUUCUUCCUGUGCUGGGCGCCGUUUCACGCGCAGCGGCUGCUCUACCUGUACGCCAAGGACUCGCCGUACUACCCGCAGGUCAACGAGCUGCUGUACACGAUCGCCGGUUGUUUCUAUUAUUUCUCGUCGACGGUCAACCCGAUCCUGUACAACCUGAUGUCGAUGAAGUACAGGCGAGCGUUCCGGGAAACUCUGUGCGGGUACUCGGGCGACCGGCGGAACCGGAUGUCCAGGGACCUGCAGUCGAGCUUCCGGGACACGACCAUACCGCUGAACACGACCAUCAGCACCGCCGAGUGCAGCCGCAAGUCGGUGGUGCACCGGUCCACCAGGAACCUGCAGACCGAACCGCUGCAUCACCAUCACCAUCACCAUUACGCGGCCACGCCAUCCUCCGACUGUUGCGGCGGCGGAGGUGGUUGUGGCCGUCCGUCCACGGCCUCCGACGUGAUGGUGAUGAUCUCGCCGGUCAACGGGAACGCGCAGUGCUACAAAACGUUGCUCAGGGUGACCGUGCAGGGACCCGACAACAAGCCCACCUCUGCCGCCGCCGCCGCCAACUGCAACAGCAACAAGGUGCAACUCGGCUCCGAAACGCUGCAGCAGAUAGAUAACCCGCGGUGCACCGAAGAGGAGACAUGCAUUUAACCCGAACGCACACUCGAAACCACACUCGAAACCAGACGGAAAUCGUAAUAGAAUAUUAUUAUUGUCGCUGUGCGAGUACGAGUAUAUAAUAAGUGCAAGCUACGCCGUUCGUUUUUCGUCGUCGAAAACAAGUGUUGUAUAGCCACUCGUUUUCCUCAUAAAAUAGUAUUCUUCUAUACAAUUACACUGCUACCGUGCUCACCCCAUUUUUCUCCCUUUAUCGACGCAUUCAUUAAAUGAUUUUUAGACAUAUUUUGAGUACUUAUGAAUACUCAUAAGAUCUCAUUUUGAGAUACUUACAUAAUAUAAUACAUAUUAUUUUAUGUCAUUUAUGUAUAAGAAAUAUGUUUUGUGGCAGCGGUGACACUAACUUUUGUUUUUCAAAUUACAACCGGCUUUUUUAACCUUGAACUGUUGAGCAGGCGAUUUUUAAAAAAAAAACUUCUUAGUUCUAGUAACUAGUAAUUUUUGAAUUAUUAAACUUUAUGUGAUAAGAAAAAUAGUGAUACAGGUUAAAAGAUAUAAGGCUGCUGUGACGAGAUGUAAAACAGUUAGUAGACUGAUACCAGCCUGUCAAAAAAAAAAAAUCACUUUUAGACCGUUCGGUUGUUAAACUUUGGAUUGUGUGACCGGAUUUACCUGCCACAUAAUUUGCCUACAGCUUACUCCUUAGAAAAUUACCGACUGGAACCAUUUAAUAUAUUAGAAUAUUAUUGUAAUAUUCGUAUAAACUGUUCAAGUAUAAUUAUGAGUACAAGACAAAUUAAUAUUACUUCUAUUUAAUAAAACUCCUACGGUCUGUUCGCUUCGCUCGCCAACCCUUCGAUCUUUUUUUUUGCAAGCUGAGAACUCUGAUAAAAAAAAUCUGGAAGAAAAAUAAUAUAAUUUUUUUAAAUUAUUAACAUUUAUUAACAUUUUACAUAAAAUAUAAUGCACACGAUACACAAGGUGCCUCAUCAAAUUCAAUAUUUUUAAUUAAUUUCUUUUCAAAUUUUCACACAAUCCCGAUUUACCCAGGAUUUUUACAUCGAAUAAUUGACCAUGUGUAAAUAUAUUAAGAAUAUAAAAUUAAAAUAAUAUUGGUUGCUAUGGUAAUUAUUCGACAAAACUAUUUUCCAAAACUUUUUUGUAUAAUAGAUGGAUUAAUGAGGAUUAUUUUCCUCAGUAUAUACAGUUUAAUAACUAAGAAACUUCAUGUCCUAAGUAAAUAAAAACCCCGUAUGCUUAACAACUUACAGGAAAAAGAGCUGAUGUUUAUUUGAAAAAAAAGAGAUUCUUAUCGUCACGGGACACUCCCUUAAGGAUAUAUUAAAAGUAACAUAAUAUCCUAAUAUCUUGAAAGAUGGUUUUUAAGCACCUAUACUAAAAAACCUCAAAAAUAUUUGAAUUAACGAUCAAUAUUAAAGAGGGUGAGCAUACUUGGUGCAUUACAUUGCAUAGUCUAUCAUCGUACAAUAAUUAAAAUCAUAGAAAUCGUUUUAUUAAACUAUUAUAGACCCACUUCGCGAUUAGUAUAGUUUUGGCGAUGGUUACAAAUUCAAGUAAUGAGAUAAUAGUACCCUUAGCCUCCGCAGACCGCUCAUCGAUGUCAUUUGUUCAAGAUUAACAUCCCCAGUGUGGAAAUCUUCGGUUUCGGGUCGAAAAAAAUUGAAUUAAUAGCAAAAUUAGGUUAGGUGACUGUAAAAGUGUCGUUGCUUACGUUCUUUAAACGUCGAUCGUAGUAUUUAAAUAAUACCUACCAACCACUAACCUAUGCUUAGUACUGAAGCUCUAGAAAGUCAUGUGUUAGAAUUCCAAGUUGUAGAAAAGCCAUGUCUUAGAAUAUAAAACUUUUAGAAUGCAAACUUUCGGAAAUAUUUAUUUUGUUUACCGCAUACCUAUGUGUAUUCAUUUACAAAUAAAACUAUAUUAGCACU